AUGAUUCAAGAGCUCUUUGCAGGAAACACUACAACACUUAUCGGAGGAGGAGAUAAUAAUAUUUCAAAGCUAUCUAAUAUUACUCCUUCUUCCUCUCCUAUUUCUUGUACUACUUCUAAUUCCAAUAUCCCCCCUGCAGCUGCAAGUGCAAAUGCAAACUCGGAAAAUCUUAGAUGUCCGCGUUGUGAUUCCCCAAACACUAAGUUUUGUUACUACAACAACUACAAUUUAACUCAGCCUCGUCAUUUCUGCAAGACUUGUCGACGUUAUUGGACUAAAGGAGGCGCGUUACGCAACGUUCCUAUAGGUGGUGGUUGCAGAAAAAACAAGACCAUCACUACAGCAAAAUCAACUGCUGCAAAAUUGAAAAAUUCACUUCCGUUUGAGUUGAUUGGAAAAUCAGGCAUUUUUGGAGAGUUUGAGCAGGAAAUAAUACCUUCCAAUAAUAACCCUUUUCUCUUUUCCUCACCUCAUCAGAAUCAUAAUCCCAUUCUUUCGUUACUUGAAGGAAAUCAUCAUAGCCUUAAUUUUGUUAAGGAUGAGCACAAAUCAAUUGGGUAUAAUCAAUUUCCUCCCAACAACGGUUUAUGGAAAAAUAAUUAUCAGGAAAAUGUUAGUAGUAUAGUUGGUGAAGUGCAAAACAGUAGAGGAUUUCAAGAGUUAUAUCAAAGGCUAAAAGCGUCAACAAAUCGAUGUUAUCCGGAUUCCAUUCAUGGACCAUCAUCAUCAUCAUCGUCAAUGAUUUUGGAUUCGGCUGCAGUGGCUGGAGGAGAGUUGGGUUUCUGGAACCCGACCCUUUCAACAUGGUUGGAUCUGCCAACAGCAAAUGGUGCAUAUCUUUAA